UAGAAACUCAGACAAGAAUAGUAUUGAGUGUUUAAAGGAUACUUAGGGAGUAUCUCUUGGAAGAUAGACUGUCUACUCCUCCUGGAAUUUUUACCUGUGAGUCCUUCAAUAUUGAGAAUGUGUUCUGCACACUAAGCGAAUCCAUGAAUAUUUCUUUUAAUGUAGUGAAUACUCAACACUCAGAAGAGAGUAUCACCAAGCAUGAUAUGCUGGUCCAAGUAUCUCAAAUUUUCCUAGAUUACAUUCUUAGCUCUUGUUGGAAUGUGCCUGACCUUUUCUGUUAUUUUACAUUACGAUUUCUAUUUCAUUACAUCAGAUUCUGAAGAACAGAAAGAGUUGACUUCUUUAGUCAAAUUAUUUGAUAUCGCCCACUACCCAUUAUUCUUUGGUAUUGCUAUUUUAAAUUUUGAAGGACAUCCGGUUGCCUUAAAUGUGCAGGCAUCGAUGAAAUAUCCUAAGAGGUUUCAAUUUGUAUUUAUUGUAAGCGCUUUCACAAUCUCUUUAAUGGUUAUAACUGUGUCAUCGUUGAGUUAUCUCGCGUAUGGAAGUGAAGUAGAGGAUCUUAUCACAUUAAAUCUUCCUCAUAACGACGUAACAACUCUAGUAAGACUUCUAUAUUCGUUUGGAUUACUAGCAAGUUUCCCGCUGCAAUUAUUCCCUUGCUUGAACAUCAUUGAAAAUUUCAAGUGACAUAAAUAGGCUCCCUAACUGAGAGAGCUAUCCAGUUAUCAAGUUCUUGGUCUCAAGGACUAUGAUCGUAAUUAUAUGAGGCUUUAUAUCAGUCUCAGUUCCUAAAUUUGGUGUAUUCUUAGAUUUCAUUGGAACAUUAUCAGGUCAGUACUAUGCUUCAUUCUCUCAAUAAUGUUUUACAAUAAAGCUUUUGAAAGAGAUAUCAACAAUGAGGCUAUUUUUCAAUCAUAUCUUCAUGACUGGAGGAGGCACUGUCUUUGGAGGGAUCAAUGCUGUUGCUGCUUUUUCUG